AUGAGCAAGCGGGCCGUGCCGAGGCGUGACAUCACCAAAACCAAGGGCACGCGGGAAGUCGGGGUCCCCAACACGUCAACAUCUCUUAUCCGGCGCGGAGUGACGAAUACCACCCAUAAGGAAGAAAAGACGCACAGGGCGACGACGUGGUCGCACGUACCGAAAAUCAUCAUGGCAGCGGAAGCCUCGGCGGUAUCGCGAUGCUUCAUCUGCCUGGGUGACGCAGGCGAGGAGGGCGACAUAUCUGACUGGGUGCACCCAUGCCCGUGCUCGCUCGAAGCCCAUCACGCGUGCUUGCUCCAAUGGGUCGACGAGUGCGAGCGCGAGAGCAAGCCCCUCAAGUGCCCCGUGUGCCAGGCGCCUAUACGCGUGGAGGGGGCAAAAGACCUUGCGGUUGAGCUGAGCGAUGCCAUCCGAAAUUUUGUCAACGGCGUGUCGCCCAUCGCGAUCGGCUCCAUGUUUGGUGGCGCUGUUAUGGCGGGGCAGGCCCUCUACGGCUUCCACGCCAUCCGAAUCUUUGCUGGGGAGGAGGCCGUCUUGAAUAUACUAGGGACGGGAACGAAACCCCACAGGACCGCGCCGCCGGAUGAUGGUGGCAUGGGCGGUGGGCUACGCGAAAUCAUAAACAAUCUCGCAGAUAACCUCGGCGGGGGCGAGGACCUUCAGGCCAACGAAAGGGUGGAGGUGUGGUUCGACGAGGGCGCGGAUGGAAAUGAGGCUGAGCUGAUCAUCGACAUCAUAGAAGAGGUGACAGACGAUGAAGAGGGGGAUGCCGAGGAGGGCAUGCCGAGAGACGAAGGGGAAUGGGUUUCCGAUGAAGAUGAACCAGCAGCAGAAGAAGAAAGGGAAGGUGAACCGUCCACGACGCCCAACCAACGCCUGGCCCUGGCCAUCUGCGACUUCCUCACCAAGUCGCUCUCCGACGGCACCCUCCCCGCCGACGACCGGGACUCGAUCGACGUCGCGAUAAACUGCAUCGCCGAGUCCUUCAAGGUCGACCCCGCGGCCGCGUCCGCCGCGGACGAGCCCCUCCUCCAAAUCUACACCGCCUACGAGUCCACCCGCGGCGCCUCCGCCCCCGAGCCGACCGAGGAGCAGAAGAAGGAGGGCGAGACCCUCAAGUCGCGCGGCAACGCCGCCAUGGCCGCCAAGGACUACGCCAAGGCCAUUGAUCUCUACACCCAGGCCCUCGACCUGCACCCCGCAACGCCCGCCCGCGCCGACGCCGAGGCCGCCGUCGCCAUCGAUCCCACCUACACCAAGGCCUGGUCCAGGCUCGGCCUCGCCAGCGACGCCAUGAAGAAGGGCUACGAGACGGCCAAGCGCCGCGUCGACGAGGUCGAGGGAGGCGACGCUAACCUUUCCCCAGGAACAGGGCCUCCCCGCUGCUGCCUCCCCGCCGGCGGCCCCGGCGGCAUGCCCGAUCUUUCCAGCCUCGCGAGCAUGUUUGGCGGUGGCGCCGGUGCUGGUGCCGGUGCCGGUGGUGCCGGCGGGCCCGGCGGCAUGGACUUUGCCUCCAUCCUCAACAACCCCAUGUUCCAGAACAUGGCACAGAGCCUCAUGAACAACCCCGAAAUGAUGAGCAGCCUCAUGGGUAACCCCAGGCUACGGGAGAUGGCCAACCAAAUGGGCACCGGUGGCGGCAUGCCCGAUAUUUCUGCCAUGAUGAACGACCCUCUAUCGCCGAGAUCGGUGGCAACAACCAAGGUUAAGGAUGAAGGUAGGAUCUAG